CUCAUUCUUGCGCAUGUCAAGUACAUCCAUGUUCGCAAAGACGUGCUCACAGAGAAAGGUGUCAUCGAUCUCACGAAGUUCAAGCCUGUCAUGUGUUUGGGCGACAUCUUGUAUGCCCGGGUUCCUUCUUGUGCCAUCCACAUAUGUUCGAGUCAUGUCAGCAUUUGCUGA